AUGCCAGCUGUCCGUGAUAUUCUGUUGGAUCGUGGAAGAUCCGCGCUGGCUUUCUCAGAGCCAGUGCCAUCGACAGACUUCGCGAGAACAAUUCUAUGUCCUGCAGGGCCAGACCACCUAGACCCCAUUCCUCCUGAUAUGCGGGGAGAUGAUUUACCGGACUCUGUUCCUGAUACCAAAGAAAUGGAGACUUCUCAACUCUCGUGCGUACCCUGUGUGACCGCACCCGUACCUGCACCCGAACAAGCGAACUGUGUCUCUAGCAACCUAUCUGCGGUGGGUGAUUCUCAACAAGAAUCAGCCAAGCGGAAGUUAUCUACUACGGAGCCCUCAGACAGUCUGCACCCUGGGGACUACGAAAAUGAUUCGGAGCCAAGGCAGAUAUCUGACCUAGGUGAAAACCCAUGCUCCUGGGCAAACGAUGCUCCGGAGCGGGCCAAAGAUUCCGGCACUGUUGAAGACAAGUCAGCCCCAUCUGGCCCGUCCGCUCCGCCGACCCUGCGCUCUACUCCUGAAUGUUCUCGUGUUCGAACGGCACUGAGUUCCGCUAUCCCGGUGCGCUACCCGCCGAUAGCUGUGGUUGUACCAUCACCGUCCUGGAAGCAAGGAGCCGCCAGGACAAGCAAAAGGGCCGCCGCGGCAGUAUGCAAGAAGCGACUCCGCUCAGGUCGAGGCACCGGCGACCACCAAGAUGGGAACACCUACUCCAACUGCAACAAUUUUGAGUUUGUCCUGCUGAGGCCCCUGUAG